CGUCACUGUGAUCUCAGACUAUUCAUGAAGUUCCCGUUUUUGAUUUCAAUUUUCCGCUGCGAAGUAUUUGGAUUCGGAUAUGAGGACCCGUUUAGUCUCCACGAGGGUCAUCAUUGUGGCCUCUCUUUGUUUCCUAGCAAGCAUGAAAUUGGAAGCCAAAACCGUCGACCCCUACAAGGUUCUUGGGGUCGAUAAAAAUGCAAGUCAGCGGGAAAUUCAGAAGGCUUUCCACAAGUUAUCUCUCCAGUAUCACCCUGACAAGAACAAAGCUAAGAGUGCGCAAGAGAAGUUUUCUCAGAUCAAUAAUGCGUAUGACAUUUUAUCUGAUGAAGAGAAGAGAAAGAACUAUGACAUGUAUGGAGAUGUAAAUGGUAAUCCUGGAUUUCCUGGUGGCCAUCCUGGAUAUCAAGGUGGCCAUCCUGGAUUUCAAGGUGGUCAUCCCGGAGGUCGUGGUGGAUAUACUUACUUUACAGAGGGUGGUCCUGGGCAAAGCCAUUUUAACUUCAAAUCAGGGGGAGAUUGGCAAGGAGGAUCUAAGUCAUUCUCCUUUUCCUCUGGUGGCUCGGGUGGUUCAAAUUCUUUUGGGUUUGGCUUGGAUGAUAUUUUUGGCAGUAUUUUUGGUGGAGGUGCUGGGAGUCAGUUUGGUGGUUUUGGCAGUUCAGCUAAUACUGAAGGGACGUCCACAGCUUCUCCCCAACGUCUCACAUCUAUAAAUUCACGUAUCUACAAGAAAGAGAUAGAGAAUGCAGGGAUGACUUGGAUUUUGUUGUCUUAUAGACCUAAAAGUGCAUCGAAGAAUAUCCAAUACUUUGAGUCCACUGUAGAGGAGGUUGCCAGUACAUUACAGGGAGCUAUGAAGGUUGGAAGCAUUAACUGUGAUAAGGAAGUUUCGUUGUGUAAAGAGCUUGGCAUGUAUCCACAAAAUGCUCCUAGAAUUUUUGUUUUGUCUUACAAGGAGAAUGAAAUAGGUUCUUUGGUGGAGUACAGUGGACACUUGGUUGCUAAGAAUUUGAAGGCUUUCGUUCAAGAACACUUGCCAAGGUUUUCCAAGCGAACCAACUUGAAUAAUCUGGACCAAUUUAGCACUACGGCAAAGUUGCCUAGGGUGCUGCUUCUCUCCACCAAGAAGGACACUCCAGUAAUUUGGCGUGUUCUUAGUGGCUUGUUUCACAAACGCAUUAUUUUCAUUGAUGCACAGGUUGACGAUGUUUCUGAUCCAAGAAUAAAAAGUCUAGGAGUUGAUGCACUUCCAUCAAUUGUUGGUUGGCUACCUAAUGGAGAAAAACGUGUUCUGAAAACUGGGAUUUCUGUAAAAGAUUUAAAAUCUGCAGUUCUCGAUCUUAGUAAAAUGCUUGAUAGUUUUGUAGAGGCAAGUAAAAAGGAAGCAUCAGCUCAGGCCAAGAAGGCACAAACUGAUCCAGACGACGGACGCAUACCAUUGCUUUCUCAAUCCAACUUUGAGGCUCUCUGUGGUGCUAAAGCUCCUGUCUGCAUAAUUGGCGCCUUCAGAUCUUCUAAAGCCAGAGAAAAGCUAGAAUCAAUCCUCACUUUGGUCUCUCAAAAAUCUUUGUCAAGAAGACCAAAUGGUGGGAGCAGCAGCUCUAGGGACUCCAUUUCUUAUGCUCUAUUAGAUGCUGCAAAGCAUCAGUCAUUUCUAAAGGCAUUUGACAAAACAGGUUAUAAAUCAUCAGAUAAGUUGUUGAUUGCUUACAAACCUCGUAGAGGAAAGUACAGUGUAUAUAGGGAUGAAAUGACAAUAGAGGAGGUAGAGAAUUUCGUUGCCUCCGUUCUCAGUGGAGAUAUACCCUUCAGAGAAACGAGUGGGAAGGCUGUACUAUAGGUCAUGAAACUGGGUUUGCAAUGUUUUGGCUGCAUGCUCAUGUACAUAGUCAAUGAGUUAGUUAUGUAGAAUCUUGUUUUUUUAUACAAGCAAGAGUACAAAUGAAGUAAUAUAACUAAAUAGGAUAUUGUUCCA